UACCUAUCCAUGCCCAUCAUAGGUACCUGUGAAUUGUAAACGGCGAUAACUUUACCAUUACCUCACUUUCCACUCCUUUAACAUCCAAUUGACCUUCCACGCCGAUGUACUUAGUGUCGCGUAAAAUAAGUUGACCUAUGGCUGAUGUCGCAGAGGCUAUUGCGGCCGCCAUGGCUGCUGUCGUGCCGCCAACUAGUCCUCAGAUUAAAGCCGAACCAUCUCAUAGCGAUCCCAUGGUUAUAGACGCCGUCUCCGAUCCGCCGCCUUCCCCUCUCAAAAGACAGCGAACUCCUAACGAAGAUGGCGAGAAACUGAGAGACGAGAAGCGACCAAAGGUUGAGAACGGCGAUGGGAAUGAGAUGGACGAGUUUGCGCUCCUUGUCCAGCAAGCUCAGGCUGAGGCCAUGCAGAAUUUCCAAUCAGAACCUAACGGCGUUGAUGAUGGCCUUCCACCUAACGAUGACGAACAUAUCCACCACAUUUCUCACGAGUUGCCAGACCUCGAAACUGAAUUCGAACCACAAGCGCAUACUCCUGUAGAAAACACGGAAGCGCGACCCGAAUCUCUUUGGAGCAAUCCUCGAGAUUUUACUCGUCGCAAACAUAUUAUACCUGCGCUUGGUAAUUUGGCCGUGGAUAUAAUCACCGCGUGGUCGGAACAGUCCCUAGAAGAUACCGUUGCUACUUUAAGCGGUGAUUCGGACUCGGAUAUUGCUAAGGAAUAUACCGUACUAAAAACCGCAUUCGAUAGCCAGCGAAAACUAUUGUCUGACUCGAAUAUCUUGUAUCCCGAACAAUUAAACGUCAUAAAUCAAACACGAGAAGUUAUCAGAAUAGUUAACCUUGCGACGGCAUGCGCAAGUGUGUUCGGUACAAACGAACUUGGACUGGAGGAGAUUAAUGACCAUUUCCUACGAAUAUUUGUCCCUGAGAACCAGGAAGUGCCGCGAGAUGCAGCAGAAUUAUACCUGGGCCUGAAAACUCAGAUAUUCCUCGCACUUUUGGAAAGUGAACAGGGAAAAGCCAAGGACCAGUUGCUUGAGGAGAUUUUCACUGGAACAGCAGGUCUUGAGAAUACCAUACAAGAACACCACCCGGCAUUUCCAUUAACAACGGCGGAGCAUGAGUUUAUUGCAAGCGUGGGAGCGCGCCGGACCAUGCUGUUGCAUGAGUCCGCCGAUGUUAAUAAUACUCAAACACUUGGUAAACAGUUUACCUACGAGGCCUUUCUUGACAGUUUAAGCACAUUCCUCAAUGAUAAUAUAGAGAGUAUCAGGUCUCUAGGUACUGGUAAAGUGGAGACGACGACAUCUACGGAGGAUCCCGCUCAGGAUCCUGUUCAAAACGGUCAUGUCGAUCAUGGCUUAGAUGAUGCCUUUGAUAUCAAUGCUAUGAUCGCGGAAGCUUCAAGAGCAGCUCAGAGCGCUCUGGAGCCAAGCGGCGAAACGGUCCAUGAGUCUCAUGAGUUAGAUGAACUUUCUGCCUUCCUUGCAGAAAAUGUAUCCAAGGCAGUUGAGCAGGCGAAAGAGAGCGCUACAAACACAGAAUUGCCAUCUGCCAUCGCAUCAGCGGCCGAAAGCGCCUCGAGAGCUACGAUGCUAGCUUUGCAAAGUAUACAACAGAACCAAUAUCAACCGACAGCACUCCCACAAUCUAGUACUUCUUCUCAUUCUACUUCCAAUCAUAACAACUAUCAAGCUCAACAAUCACAAUCUCAGCCCCAACAACAGACGCAACAAACGCAACCACAACCGCAGCAGCAGCAGCAAUACUAUCACUAUCAGCAACAUCCCCCCAAUGGAAUGCCCGUAUACCAAACAGCUAAUGAUCAUCUCCCUCCCAAUCAAAGUGAUUCGACGCCGGCGCUUUAUGAACGAGCACGGCAGGCUGCAGCGGCUCGAUCAUCCACCCAUGCACGUCGCGAAGGUUCGCAUUCAACCCGCCGACCUUGGAGUGCCGAGGAGGAAAAAGCGCUCAUGAUGGGAUUGGAUAUGGUGAAGGGUCCUCAUUGGUCACAGAUUUUGUCACUGUUUGGCCCGAAUGGAUCCAUCAGCAAUAUCCUCGCAGAUCGUACCCAAGUCCAACUUAAGGAUAAAGCUAGGAAUCUGAAGCUAUUCUUCCUCAAGACAAACUCCGAAAUGCCUUAUUAUCUCCAGUGUGUAACUGGCGAGCUAAAGACUAGGGCCCCUACCCAGGCUGCGAGAAAAGAGGCCGAGGAGAAGGCGAGACUUAAUUCAGAGGAGCAGCAAGCUCAUGUCAACGGAAUCCUAACCCUAGCGGGUGGUUUGCAAAAUAACGCGGCAUCGAGACAAAGCCCAGCGGCAACAGCCCCCAGAAGCGCGACACCUCAUCAGCCGUUGUCACAUCCCAACUCACAACCUGGAACACCAAGGGUCCCUCAACAACCAAACCAAACACCCGCACACACACCAGUACCUCUAUCACGCCCAGUCAUACCCGCACCACAGCCAGUUAGCCUUCCCACCCUUACAUCAAUGUCUCAUCACGCGCAAUCAUCUCCUAUUUCACAUACGGAGCGACAUACAACACCUGCUACAACCACUACGACGCCUCCGGUAGCAGCACCAGUAACUACCGCGCCUCCCGCGCCUAUGACUGCAUCCGUAACAGCUCCAGCGGUAGAAAACCACGAACCAGAAAAGAACGAGCUCAGCAGUGUAGAUGCCGCGGUACUCGGUCUAAGAGACGCUCUAGAAAAGGAAAGGGAAUUGGCAUCUCAAGCCGCAAACUCCGAGGGAGAUCCACACUCCGCGACUACAACUUCAAACACACCCGCGGCCACGCCGAUGCGAUAGGAUUGGUAUUGGUAAAGGAACGCAGGGAUUGCGCACCUAGUAAUUGUUUUUUCUUUUUAUUAUUCUUCUCUUGGUCAGAAGUUACGAUUUUUUUUUCAUGGCAUGCAUGAUUGAUACCCCAGGGCGGUCUUUGUUUUGAUGGUUGGGGAGGGCUUUCUAGCCUUGGUGUAGGUGUAGCAAGGUACCUAGGAAAACUUGGCUGGACAAACGUUGCGUUACGCGUAGCUAUGAAUGGUAGUGGAAUAGGAAAUAGGAAAAGUGGCUAUGAAUGAAUCUCAGUUGUCCCCGAUUGUGUGAUACAAGUUCGCCUAUGUCCGCCCUGUUGGAUCGUACGUAAAGUAACAGAGUGGAUAGUUGUCCUGGUCCCAAUCUGCGGUUGCUUGCCGUUGAUGUAAUGGCCCGAGCCGUGUUACGUGAAGAGGCUUCUGGAAUUACCUUACCGGGUAUCUGGAUUGUGACUAUGUUGGAGUCAAUUCGGGGGUACCCGAAUUUGGGCGAUAAAAAUUAUGUCUUAUGUUUCUGGAGGCAAUAUAUGGUACCCGAGACU